AUGAUAGGUGAACGUGGAAUGCAACUCUCAGGUGGUGUUGGUCAAAAGCAGAGAAUUGCUAUAGCUAGAGUAAUUUUGGAAGAUCCGAGAAUUCUACUUCUUGAUGAAGCUACAAGUGCCCUUGAUUCAGAAUCUGAAAAAAAUAGAGGCACUAGACAAAAUCAUGAUAAACAGAACUACUGUUAUUAUAGCCCACGCUUAAGUACUGUAAGAAAUGCUAUCGCCGUAAUUCAUCAAGGAAUAAUUGUAGAAAAAGAUGAGGAGCUCACUAAGGAUCCUGAUGGGGCCUAUGGUCAUAAUUCAUAA